GCUGCUCUGAGAUGUAAAUCUGUGUUUUUCCUUUUUCAUGUCAUCUCAUUUUUUUUUUUUCAUUUUCCCCCUGCUGCUCCCUCGGGCCAUUCCAUGGGAAAAGAAACUUUUCCUGCAGCCCUGAGAGGAAUCCAGCUAUUUUAGGAGAACACGUCACUGCUUUGAGCUGCAGCCCAGAAACUCCUUCUUUCCAUCAUCCACAGCUCAGCUUUUUUUGUUUUUUUCUACUUGUUGCACAGCCCUGCACUGUUUACCUUUUUAUUCAGAGGCACGUUGCAUUUUUAAAUCCUUCAUAUUUGGAGCAGGAAAUAGAAGAACACAUGUCUUGUUUCCCUGCAGCAGGCAGCGCGGAGACAUGACGGAUCCUGCAAGUCGUGCACAACUUGUGGAGCUCGGCGGCGUGCAGGCUGGUGUGGAAACGUCAGCAAGGGUUUUUUUGUGUUGAGGCGGCUGCAGCGUGACAUUGCACUGGAAUCUGUGUGUCUCCGUGAGUGUGUCAUCUGUGGAGGGUUAGGGUGUGUGUGGAAGGAGGAGGACAAAAGCUCUGAGCUACAGGUAUCCAUUCAAAGCAUGAAUGAAAAAACACAUUUUUUUUUCUUUGCAUGAAAAUUGUUUUUGCACGACAUUCUCGAGCUUUCCACGUUUCCAGACGGAUUCAUUCACAAAUGCAUGCUCAUCUUUACGCGCCACCGCAUCAUAAACAACAACUCCAGUGAUAACCUUGAACCCGUGCCACGCUGGAGACAACAGGUUCAUUACGCACGACUCUUUUUGUGCACGAAAUGUAGGACAAUGUGGAUAUUUCCGAUGAUAUUUGAUGCUUGUGUUUUCAAAAAUACCUGGAUUCAUGAUGAGCUUAUGUGCGUGCAUGUGUGUGUGUUUUUGUUUCCCCCCCUCAGUGAGAGAGCGUGCACACACACACGUCAGCGCGGGGAGGGCAAAGCCUGCUUAAGAUGCAGUGAAUGUGACAGCCGAGUCCAGACUACAGCAGCGUGGACGGAGAAAAGGUGAGAGUGGAGGUGGUGGUGGUGGUGGGGGGGCACGAACAAUGCCAGAGGAAGCAGCUCACCCGCAGACGUGACGAAGACACACCGAGCAACAACAAAGGCUGAGGGGGAGCAGAGAGGACUGAGGAGCGGGACGCGGCGCCCUUGUCUGGGGGGGGAAACAUGACAGUGGUGCCCGGAGAGAACCUGGAUGAGACUGUGGCACUGGCCGCGCUGUCAGCCCAGGAUGUGUACGACCCGGAGUGCGUGGAGAACCAGGAGUGCUGUGAGCGCGUGGUCAUCAACAUCUCCGGGCUGCGCUUCGAGACGCAGCUGAAGACCCUGGCCCAGUUCCCCUGCACGCUGCUGGGGGACCCCAGGAAGAGGAUGCGCUUCUUCGACCCGCUGCGUAACGAGUACUUCUUCGACCGGAACAGACCCAGCUUCGAUGCCAUCCUGUACUACUACCAGUCAGGGGGGAGGCUCCGGAGACCCGUCAACGUGCCCGUGGACAUCUUCAUGGAGGAGAUCAAAUUCUACGAGCUGGGAGAGGAGGUGAUCGAGAAUUUUAAGGAGGAUGAGGGCUUCAUUAAGGAGGAGGAGCGACCUCUGCCCGAGAACGAGUUCCAGCGGCAGGUCUGGCUCCUGUUCGAGUACCCGGAGAGCUCCGGACCUGCCCGGGGGAUCGCCAUCGUCUCCGUCCUGGUCAUCCUCAUCUCCAUCGUCAUCUUCUGCCUGGAGACUUUACCUGAGUUCAGAGAAGAAGCCAAAACGUUUGACGACGAGCUGGCGCUGAAUGGAACCACGCGCGCAAAGAAGCCAAACCCGUUCACGGACCCGUUCUUCAUUGUGGAGACCCUCUGCAUCAUCUGGUUCUCCUUCGAGCUGCUGGUCCGGUUCCUGGCCUGCCCCAGCAAGCCCGCCUUCUUCAAGAACAUCAUGAACACCAUCGACAUCGUGGCCAUCAUGCCCUACUUCAUCACGCUGGGUCUGGAGCUGGCGGAGCACCAGGGGAACGGACAGCAGGCCAUGUCUCUGGCCAUCCUCAGGGUCAUCCGCCUGGUCCGGGUCUUCAGGAUCUUUAAGCUCUCCCGACACUCUAAGGGUCUGCAGAUCCUGGGGAAGACCCUGCAGGCCAGCAUGAGGGAGCUGGGACUGCUCAUCUUCUUCCUCUUCAUCGGAGUCAUCCUCUUCUCCAGCGCGGUCUACUUCGCGGAGACGGACGACCCGGACUCCGGCUUCAGCAGCAUCCCGGACGCGUUCUGGUGGGCCGUGGUUUCCAUGACAACAGUGGGCUACGGGGACAUGUGCCCGGUUACGAUCGGCGGGAAAAUCGUGGGCUCUCUGUGCGCCAUCGCCGGCGUGUUAACCAUCGCGCUGCCGGUGCCGGUCAUCGUCUCCAACUUCAACUACUUCUACCACCGCGAGACCGAGCACGAGGAGCAGUUCCAGUACACGCACGUGACCUGCGGCCAGCAGCAGCCGGCGUUUGGAGACUUCAACAAGAGCGACAGCAAACCGAGCCUGUGCAAGUCCGAGUACCUGGACAGCGAGGACGCGGACUCCAUCAAGUACACCAACUGCAGCCCGCACAAAGCCUACACCGGGAAGCUCACCGAUGUCUGACUGUGUUUGAGAUCCUUGUUUCCGGCAUCAUAGGGAUUCAUUUCAGACUCACAGAGGACGGAUUACCUGAGAAAUCACCUUUUGUUUUCACCUCCUAACUGUCUUCCAUUACGCGCGCCAUGAGCAGGAGAACGCUUCAGAACGAUCAGCCAGCUGUAGCACUUUAUGAUUAUUAAUCUUUCUCUUAGUAAUUUAUUGCCCUAAUGAUGCAGGUUUUUAAAGUUUACAUUUUGCUUUUGUGAGAAAACGACGCAGGACCAAUUCAAUCUAAAUUUACACUCUGAUGCAGCUGGCACGUGGAGGCUGUUGUUGUUGUGGUCCCGCGCGCGCACACACACACACACACACACACACACACACACACACACACACACACACACCUGUUAUUUCACCCUCAUGUAUUUUCCACUCAGGCUCAGAUGAUGAAUCCUAAAAUGAACCCACUUUGACGCCAGAUUUGAUUUGAACCCUUAACACAGCCUGCCAGACAGAAACCAGGGCACGCAGACCUUCUUUUUUGCCACACAGACUCCAGGAGGUUAAAUCCUCCUCAGCAGCCUCUGCCUGUGUGAAAAUAUUAUGAAAUCAGAAGCAGCCUUUUUUUUUCCAAAUCCAAGAGCGCCCCCGUGUGGCUGAAACCACGCCCUGCAUCUCUUGUCUUCGUGUGAUGCAGUUUCUAUAGCAACCUUCCAGACUUUUCUCCUGUGUUAUCUGCCACAGGAGUGAAAAAAGGAAGAAGCUGGAGCUGCGGAGACGAAGUCAGAAAAACCACCAUGUUGUGGAAGCCUCCAUGUUGUUUUGAUUCAGCAGCUCGGCCUGACGCAGAAAAACUCAUUAAAUAUAUGAAAUAUGAUGAAUUAUCAGGCGGGCGUUCGACCUGUUGCACCUUAGUCCCACAGAGAAUAUGAUCCCUCCUAAUGGUCCAAAGUCGACUGCAGCUAAAUAAUAUUCUAAUUAUCUAAUUAUUAUUAGUUAUUUUCAGAUCACAGUUCCGUCUACAAAAUAUAAAAAAUAUCCGCUAGAGAUCAAACUGAGGGUUGGAAAUUGUAGAUAUUUCCAUCCAGGAGAGCUGCAGCAUCGAUUCUGAUUAUGAAGAAACAUAUUCCUCUAAUUUGUGAUGAAAAAAUAUUUAAUUUGCGUAUUUUUUUAAGCUCAAUCAGCACUGAUUUUAGACAAAAUUAUUAUUAAAGAACAUGAAUAUAAGACAAAUGCAUCUCAGUGAAUAUCAGUUUUGGCAUUAUUUAAUAUUCUGCAGUUAAUUGUUGAGUAAAAAUGUCCUGAAAUCUAAUGUCCUAAGUUAAAUUCCCCUGACGAAAACUUCCAACUGAUCUAAGAAACGUAAAUGAUAUAAAAUAAUGAAACUAGAAUCAGUUCAUGAAUGAUAGAAAUGGAUUCUUCAGCACUUUUUCAGAUACUUUCCACACACACACACAUGGAUCCACUUUAGAAGAAGUCUUUGAUUGCACAGCGAGAGGAGAGGGGAGUCGAGGUCUUCAUGGUGGUCUCUGUCGUUAAAGCACCUUAACUCAUGUGGACUCCAGCGACGGAACCUCGUGGAGUUUAAAAAACAAAUACUGAAGGAAUAAAAAGACAGUGAAGGCCACACGUUUGUUGGAUUAUAAAUCUGACGGGGUUGAUGGAGACGAUCGACACGAUGACCAAAUGAUUCCUAACACCUGCUGGCCUGGACUCACAAAGAGGUGAAAAAAAGAUGAGCGGCGCCUCCUUCGUCAAACCAAAAGAGAAAACUUCCUCCUCCUCUUCCUCUUCCUCUUCCUCCUCCUCGUUCUCACUGAUGAAGGAAUAAAACACAACAUAAACACAAACCCCAGUAAGAGGACUGAAGCUUCAGUCGGACUCUGAGGUACGACAAACUUCACUACUUGAAUCACCUGACGACUCUUCAAAUAUGGCCGCCGCCGGCUGACGCAGUCCAGCACACGGUAUAUUCACGCGUCGAUGUUUGUGGGAGAUUAUAGAGAAUAGAGAUUCCUGUCUGUACGAUCAUAUUCAAACCAAAACAUAUUACUGCAUGCUGUGAAAGUAGAGCAUGCAAACAGAAGAAAGAGACUUUUGUGUUGACGGCUCAAAGCCAGCAUCGCUCAUCUGAAACACGGGAACAACAACAACAACAACAACAACAACAAGAGCCGCUCGUCUGCAUCAAGCUCAUCAUGAUAAUUCUGUUCGCCCGGCGGAGUUUGUUUCUAAAUCUCUAUUUUUUACGGUAUCAUACUGUAUGUGUUUUAUAUUGGGGAGGAAUCAGCCACGUGAUUAUUUUGUAGUUUUUCACAUUUUUGCUAAUGUGUUCGAGUUGUUGUCAUGUUUUUUUAAAUCUUUUGUUUGCCUUGGUAAAAACAAAGCAGCUCCAGCGGGCAGCGACGAAUGUCUUGAGUGGAAACUGUUCCGCUGAAACGCAUCGAUCGCAGACAUUUUCACAUCUGACUUUCUUUGGAUGAUUUUGAAUGUUUUUUCGAUUGUGUUUUUUGGGGGGUUUUGAUCAAAAUGCUGUAUAUCUGUUUAAAAACAUCUACCUCAGUGUGUCAGCUCAUUAACGACAGAAGCUUUAACACCUGGAUGACGUCAGCGUCCCCCUCCUUUAUCUGAAAAGAAAAGUCUCAAAUGAUCUGGUGCAAUGAAAUGAACCCAGACGCUCCACAAACAAAGAGAAGUCUGAGGAUGCUUGAAGGAAACGUAUUAACGAUGAACGUGUCUCACAAGGUUUUCAAAAUGAUUCUUUGAAACCUUUCAAAACCACCUGUUUUAAAACAGUCGUAAUUUAAUGAUCGGAAUGUACGGAGGCUUUAGAGAAACUACAUCAUGCUCCAGAAGACCAGUGAGGAAGAGGAGAGGAAGGAAUCCAUCAAAUGUUGUAGCAACCUCCUGCACACCUUAAACAUGGGCAACGUUUCUGUUGGUGUUGAAGUCAAGACCACACUGACCAAGACCAAAACAUAAAAGACCGAGUCAAGACCUUAAAUAUCACUGAAACAUCAUCAUCCUGUGUUUAGGGGUCGUGUCACUCAAUUGGACUGUAACACCGGGAAGGUUGCAGUCGUAACCGGGGGAUAAAAAAAAAAAA